AUGAAUUCUUCCGACUACGAAAACACUUAUUCCACCAUUGUCAUAGACUCCAACCAUACGCUGAAGGUGUGCUUCGAUAAGUCUAUUUAUCCAGGUUCUGCCCUUUGGCUGGAAAAUUCAUUGGAGGAAACACUUCCUUCAUUUGUCCUGCAAUUCGCCAUUAUCCUCGCUCUCAACCGCUUCUUCUUCGUUCUUGCAGAACAAUGCCAUUUACCUCGUAUUGUUGCCAAUAUUUUUACUGGUUUUCUGUUAGGUACAUCUGUCAUGGGACGCUGGAAAGUUUUCAUGGACCAGUUAUUUCCUUUCAGCAACAUGAUACCAUUGGAGACGGUGGGAUCGUUGGCCCUUGUUUACUACGUGUUCCUGGUGGGCCUAGAGAUAGACUUGAAUCCAAUAAAGACGUUGAACAGAAAGACCAAAGUUAUAGCCAUUGCAAGCACCAUCUUCCCCAUACCAAUAGGAAUUGGCUUGUACUACCUGCUUGUCACGGACAUGGGGCGAAAACAUUUGGACAGUGACAACGUUAGACCAAAGGGUGCAAUAUUAUGGGGGCUCGCCCUUUCGUGCAGCAGUGAGUUCCCUGAGAUUGCAAAGAUCCUUUCAGAUCUGAAGCUUCUUCUCACGGAGAACGGACAACUGGCUCUCACAGCUUCUCUCCUUAACGACUUGACUUCAUGGACCCUUCUUGUCUUGGCCCUAUCACAAUUCUACCACGCUUCAGUGGUAUCGUUUGUCAUCACCGUGGUGGUUCUGUUCUUGUGUUUUGUGGCACUUAACCCCCUUUUCAAGUGGGCAUUCAACAAUGUGGGAAUGGCGGAUAAAGAGUUCUUGGAGUCACAGGUCAUAUUUGUGCUGAAUGUGGUUUUGGUUGUUGGCUUGUUAACUGAUGGACUGGGCGUGCUUUCGAUAACGGGGGCUUUCUUUCUGGGUGUUGUGAUACCUCAGGGGUCGCUUAACAAUGCGGUGCAGGACAAGGUGCAGGAUUUUGUGUCUGUUAUGCUGAUGCCUUUGUUCUUUGUGGUUGUUGGAGAGAGGAUUAGGAUCCAAGACUUGGCCUUGCAGACACAUUGGACAACUGUGUUGGUGGUGGUUGUGUUGGCCAUGGUGACCAAGAUUGUCUGCACUAUGGCUGCCACUUGGUUCUACCGGAUGCCACACAUGGAAGGAUUAUCCCUUGCAAUGCUCAUGAACACUAAAGGAAUAAUGCCAUUGAUCAUUCUCUGCACCGGCAGGGACAGACAUGAACUGGACAGCCAAACCUUUGGGGUGAUGAUGUUGGCGUGCUGGUUAAUGACAAUCCCAGUGGGACCUGUCUCAUCAGCUCUGGCAAAUGCACUGAAAAGCAGAAUGGUUAUGGGAAGCCUAAGAAGAACGCAUGACACACAACCAGACUCACCCCUGAAACUCCUAGCCUGCAUCCACACAAAGCGCGAUGCAAACGUGAUUAUCGACCUCUUAAAAGCCUCAUGUCCCUCUGUGAGAAACCCUAUCCAACUUCUAGCAGUGGAACUGAACAAAACGACCAAUCGCCCCGCCGCGGCACUCAUCAUAAGGAACGCUCGGAACACAUCCUUCACCUCGAGGUCCUUGAAGCUAGGCUCCGAAGACACCCUGGGAAGCUUCGACACUCUCAACCAGGCCAUCUUCGCAGAGAAAAUUAGUAUCAUGUCAGACUACAACACCAUGCACCAGGACAUCAUCAACCUCGCACGACACAGAGGUGUGACACUUAUCUUAUCCACAUUCCACAAGCAACCAACCUACGAUGGUUUGGGAGCAGGAGCUGCAACUGCAAGAGCUGUGAACAUCAUCAACCGCGACCAUGCAAGCAAAGACGAGAAGAAAGUGGUGUUAGAGAGUCUGGCUAAGAAUGCACCGUGUUGUUUGGCCAUAUUGGUGGACAGAGGGUUGAGUGGCAAGCGUUCGAAGGAGCUACGCGUGGCUAUGUUCUACGUGGGUGGUGCUGAUGACCGUGAAGCUCUUUCUUAUGCAUGGAGGAUGACUAGGAGUUCUGAUGUGAAUUUAACGGUGGUGAGGCUUGUUUGGGAGAACCCUAAUGACGAGUUUGAUGAAAUGGAUAAGGAGUUCAUCAAAGGGUUUAUGAAACAGAUGGGGGAUUCGACAAAGGUGAGGUAUUUGGAGAAGGUGGUGCGGGAUGAGAAGAAAACAGUGAAGCUUUUGAACAAGAUAGGGAAAAAAGGGUUUGAUUUGUUUGUUGUGGGAAGAGGGCAUGGGAGGAAGAUGUCAUUGGCACAAACGGUGGAUCCUGUGUUGGAGGAGGCUGUGUUAGGGCCUCUUGGGGAUGCUUUGACGGAUCUGAACUCUGCGGCUGAAACCUCGAUUUUGAUAUUCCAAAGACAGGGUGAAGAAGUGGAAGGGAAGCAUGUGAGGUCUGCAUCAUCUCCUGAUGGAAAUGUGUUUAGUUGCAUGAUGGAGCAGAUGCUGAUGUGCCCUUCAACCAAGUCUACUGUGAUUUUACCUCAGUAG